AUGAAUCAAUUAGGCAAUUUAGCACAACUAUCCAGAAUGUCAUUGGAAAACUUAUCCAUGGACAAUAUUAAAGCACAAGUACACAGCUUACAAAACAAAUUAUCUUCUUUACGUCCACCACAAGAAUUCUUCAAUGUUAAGAAUAUUUCAAAACCAGCUAAUUUUUCCGAUUUACAAUCUCGUGUAUCAUACAAUUUAGGUUAUUAUUCCAGUAAUUAUGCUCUAAUUGUUGGUUGUUUAUCCAUCUAUACUUUAUUAACCAAUUUAUUACUAUUGUUUGUUAUUGUCUUUGUCUUUGCUGGGUUCUUAGGGAUUAAUAAAUUAGGAGGUCAAGGUUUAGUGACGCCGUUUGGUUCCUUUAAUACUACACAAUUAUACACUGGUCUAUUAUGUAUUUCUGUACCAUUAGGGUUUUUGGCUUCUCCAAUUUCUACUUUAUUAUGGUUAAUUGGUGCAUCUUGUAUGUCUGUGUUUUCUCAUGCUUCAUUUAUGGAAAAACCAAUUGAAACUAUCUUUGAAGAAGAAACUGUUUAA